GUAAGUUCAAGGAGAAACAUUUGCGAAGUAUUGACAUUGCAGAAAAGUCGUUUAGAGUGACUAGAUCAGUAUUUGUUAAAAGACAAAAGAUGCCACGCAGAGGACGUGCUUCUUCCCCAAAACCAAGUGGUGGUUCCGGUGGAUUUAUGGGUGCAAAAUCGGGACCCCCAGCUCGUGCUGCCCCGCCUCCCCCUCCACCAAUGGUUGCCCAAACACAGCCUAGGCAACCUGGACUGAUGGCACAGAUGGCUACCACAGCAGCAGGUGUAGCUGUUGGAUCAGCAGUUGGUCAUACACUAGGAGCAGCAAUGACUGGAGCAAUGGGAGGCGGAGGGCACAGUGAGCCCGCCCAAGCUCAGAGCUACCAGGAAAACCCCCAACAGUUUCAGCAGGCACCAGCCUGUCAGUUUGAGCUCAAACAGUUCAUCGAGUGCACUCAAACUCAGCCAGACAUAUCACUGUGCCAAGGCUUCAAUGACCUCCUCAAAAACUGUAAACUUCAGCAUGGUAUACAGUAAACUAUUUAUGUGAUAAUGGUCUGUGGUGUGAAUAAAAGAAAGUAAAUUUGAAUGUGUAGAAUAUAUGAAGCAGACCUUUGGACAGUUGCAUUAUGUGAUAAACAUAUAUUUUACUGUGACAGUUUUUGUACAGUAAAUUUUUCUCACUGCAAAUAAAAGAUUUGAAAUAAAA